UAAUUAUUAACAAUUUGAGCGUUUUUUUUGGGUCAAACUGAUUGUUUUCUUUGGUUCUUUCCUCUAAUCAACAAUUAAUGUCCCUUAGUUAAAAUUAAUUGGAAACAAAACAAAACCUUUGAACGCCUUCAAUGUUGAUUUAUAAAUUAUCCUCCUCACAAUCAUUUCUAAUCAGUGUUACCAUAUUUUUCAUUAAAUUAACUAUAAUUGUUUCAAGUGAUAAUCUGCCUACAUGUCAACCGUCUGACUUUCAAUAUGCUUUCACUGAAUGUGACAAAUACCAAGGUCGAUAUCGAGUCUCCAUCCCUGUUUCACCGGGUCGAUGUGUUGGUGGAGCUCCGAAUGCUCCAGUACGAGUUGAUUCGUGUUAUACUUCAUGUGGACAUGGAACCUUUUUCAACUCUACAAGCCUUUCAUGUGAACCAUGUAAAGCUGGUUACUAUUCAUUAGGUGGUGGUAUCAAAUUCACUUCCUUUAACCAAGCAACUUUAAAUAAUUCUGGUUUUACAAUAUCAACAUCCAAAGAGUUGAAAAAUUGUACAGGUUGGCAUUUGAAUAAUGGUGUCAUCGAGACUAAACCCGAUUCACCUUAUACAACGUGCUCUUCGGUGUUGACCUAUUCGGUGAACAUUGUGAAGACGGGAAAGAUAAGGUUCAAAUAUCAGUUUAUCGAACCGGAAGAUCCCAAUUUAUAUAUUUUCUUUACAUUUCAACAUUACAAUUUGAAGGAUCCUCGUGAUAAUUACUAUCGAUGGAGUGAUAAAAAUGGCCGUGAAUUCAGUGCAACUAAAGACAAAUCAAAAUGGAAAACGAUUUCAUUGGAUCUAAUCGAACCUGGUUCGUACUCUUUCCAUUGGCGAACUAUAUUUUAUGGGACAGGACAAAGUCGAUUUGGACCUAGCAUGUUUUUUCAAAAACGUUCUAAUGAUUUGGAUUCGCAAAAACAUAAACGCACUGGGCCGCGUUCGAUGAAAGGGUCAAUCAUUGAUGGACAAUCAGUUUUAACUAAUGAGCUUGGAAUGGUAAAGAUUAGGUCGAUUGAAGUUUACGGCGUUUCUUAUACAUCAGAAUGCUCUCCAUGUGAACCAGGAACUUUCAAUGAUGAAACCGCCUCAGCCCAUUGUUCAUUCUGUCCUAAGGAUACUUAUACCGAUCAAUAUGGUUCAAGUAAAUGUAAAUCGUGUGACACAAAAUCAGAAUUUGCUUUCGUAGGAUCAUCAAAAUGUCUCCCAAGACCAGGCUGCACCGCUCAUGAUUAUUUCGAAACCGUGAGUUCAUGUGAUCUAAGGACAAGAAAACGUCUUAAUGAAUAUCAUUGGAUCGAACCAAAAAUUUGCUCAGAAGCGGCAAUGCGUCUUCCAGAAACUCGAAAAGAGGACUGUGAUCCUUUGAGAGAAGCAAUUGAACAGAUUGAAUGCAGUCCAGGAAUGGAAUUGAUAAACGGGACCUGCACUCCUUGUGCCGAAAAUCAUUACAAUAACGGGACAAUGGCUCGUUGUGAACCUUGUCCUUAUACGACUUUACCGAUUUACUCAUUCGUUCUGAAUGUUUGGAAGCAUCCGUUAGGCUUGUCCGAAGCGGGGCCACUUAGUCUUGACUACAUGUGUAUACCCAAGAAUAUCAAUGAACAAGAAUGCGCCGAUGAAGAACCAGCAUUCAAAUUCAUUCCUGGAACACCGAGUUACAUUAGAUCUUCAACAACGGCUUCUUCGUCUUCCCUUUUAGUUUUAUCGUUAAAUUCAGUUGGUUUCCGCUCUUCGGAAGGAGGUAGACUAACUUUUCGAUUCCAAAUGUUCUGCAAAGAAGGAGAUGACUGUGCAUUCGCUUUAUUAUGUAUCAGGGAUAUAAUCGAUGACCAAAGGUUCGUGAUCAAACAAUGGGACUCGAACACCACUGGAAUUCAACAACACACUUUGACCUUGAAUGAGAAUGUCACAUUUUCGCUCAAAUGGGUUUUCUCUCGUGAAUCAACGGGAAGUCAUGUUCGAAUUUAUCAAAUAACAUUAACUAAUUUACUAUUUUCUGGAGCGAUUGAAUGUAAACCAUGUCCAUUAGAUGUUCAAACAGAUUGUAUGCCUUGUCCAGUGGGUUAUUAUAUCAAUGCUACCAAUGAAUUAGUCGAAGAUAGAAAUGUUCAAAAAUCUUCACUUGAUAGAGAUAAACGCACAUUAUUAUCGACCACAGGUAAAUAUCAUAGACAAUCAACAGUAAAAUCUAAUAAAAUUAGUAAGAGUGAAACAAGUGAGCGAAAUGAUUCAGGUGAAUCAAAAUGUGUCCAAUGUCCAGAAAAUACGAUUAUCAACAAGUCACUUCAAUUUCCCGUUGGAAUGGACCAAUCAUGUCCUUGUGGCCCUGGACUGGUCUCUUCAGAUGAUCGAUCCUUUUGUUACAUUAAUUGUAACCUUACACUUGGUUCGGAAGUUUUUAACUUAUCAACAAUCAACUCGACUUUAACCAUGAAAGGAGCCACUUUAUUUUCUGGUGAAGGUGCUGGUUACUUUCACUUGUUCAAUAUCAGCAUUUGUGGCCUCGAAAAAGCGACUUGUAUUAACAACAUCGCUCAGUCAGACGAUUUCGAUAUCAAAAACAUUGUAGUUCGUUCUCGAGUUUGUAGGUCAACCAUUUCUCCGAGUCAUAAUCUAUCAACUCAAUCAGUUCCAUUGGGUGAUGAAAUUAUCGCAGUGACACAUGAGACGACCCAUGACUUUAUUUCGGUCCAUCCAGAGUUUAACAACACUCGAAGUGACAUUCACAUUUAUUUGGUCACUCGAAUGACAACGUCAACGUGUACCAAAGGCCGAUCAACUGUAGUUACACUUCGAUGUGAACCAAACCUGGAAAGUGAAUCAAUCUUAAUGUCCCCUCGAUCUUGUCCUGAUGGUACUUGCGACGGGUGUAACUUUCAUUUUAUGGUCAAAACUCGUACUUCGGCUGCUUGUCGACUAUGUAAAGACGAUGAUUACGAUACUGUGGUCACCGAAUGUGUUGAUGGUCAUCAAGAGGUACAUUACAUUAACCCUCGUGGGUGCAUUUUAACACCAACUGGAAACGACCUGAUUAAGCAUCGAACCUGCUCAAUGAUUCCUAAAUCAUUGAAAAUGGCGAUCAUGGUAAUCACCGUGAUCGGCAUAAUUCUGGUUUCAUUGGUUUUCCACUUUUGGAAAAUGAAUCGUAAAUUGGAAUACAAAUACUCAAAGUUAGUCGAAAACAAGAACACAGCUGAAUGUUGUGCUAUGGACGACGAAGACGACGAACCGGAAGAAGUUCGAGUUCGAUCUCGAAAUCGAAAAGACAAGCACAAUUCGUCAUCUGAUUACGAAACUAUUCAAUUAACUAAACACUCUCAAGAUGAUGUUCUAUAAAUUUUAUUGGUUAUCGACAAAAUUAUCAACAUAAUUAAUUUUUCUUCACGUUUUCUUUUCUAUCCACCAAUUAAUCACCUCCAUAGACCUAAUUUUAUUGAUGAAAUUAUAUUAUCAUCAUAAUUAUUUGAUUUAUAAAUAAUUGUCUUUAUUGGCUGAGCUCAUUCAAGUGAUGAUCUCAUUUAAAUCAUAAUGAUUUAUAUUUUUUGUCUUCUUCAAAUGAUUUAACAUUAAUUCACAGUGAAAAGUGGAAGCUUUUGUUUUGCUUUUAAUUGAUUCCAAUUAACUCACAGAUUAUCAUCAAAUCAUUUUAA